AUGCAGUUGGAAAGUUUGGGGAACUUUUCAAAGCACGAUCUGGUGACCUUCGUGGUCAGUCAUUGCAACGAACAGGAUUGCAAAGUGCAAACUCACGACAAAAUGUACCUACCAUCUCCAAAGAUAUAUAAUGCGCUACUCCUUUCAAUUGAGUUCAGAUCUGGUGACCUUCGUGGUAUGUACUUCUUGGAUUAA